AUGAAUGAACACGAUCGUCCAUGGGAACUCCCGCCUGCCAUCGCACCGGGGGGGAUCUUUGGUCCCCCCCAUGAGACGCUGCUGGAACUGCCAUACGCCCUGGAUAAAUCGCCCACGAAAUUCAGGCUGGGCAACGAUGCAGAAACACAGUGCGUUGCCGACCACUCCUUGCAGGAUCCGACUCCGAUUCCGCGGCCGACUAUCAUCCUACCAGGAAUGAUCGCACCACAGGGCCUCCAGCCCGAGGCACACCCCUCCGACCAGUCCACCUCCGGGCCGGGGCCGAUCAGGUCGGCCCCCCUCGACGAUGAUCCGGGGAUAACACCGCGCCUGCCCGUAGGAGUCGGGCAAAGCCGCCAGUCCGGAGGCUUCCUGGAGAGGGCGUCCACGAUCAUGAGGACGGGCCUGCGCGAUACAGGGCCAUGCUGGGGGACGGGGACCGUUGCCGCUCCGUCGCCUCCAACUCGACCGAACGGUCCGGCGACACUCCUGGUCCUGGUCCUGGUCAUGGUCCAGGUCCAGGUCCAGGUCCAGGUCCAGGUCCAGGUCCAGGUCCAUCGGUGGUGCCGCCAACUCAGCCCGCGCUUCGGCCAAAUCGGGCCCCCAGAAGUUGGGCUGGUGGACGAGGGUCCGGCAGACCACACAGCAUCGCUGGCAAUGGCCCGAGGCUGA